AUGGAGGCGAGUGGCCGAGCUGGAGGGGGCAGUCGUCGACGAGGAGCGCCACGAGACGCGGGCGCCUCCCUGGCCGGACCGCCCCGCGACGCCCCACGCCGGAGCGCGGCGGCGGCGAGCGGCCCGGGGUCCCAAGGAGGGCUUUUGUUGGGGCAGGGUCCGGGGGACAGCACCGACAGGCCGGCGCGACCGCGAGAGGUCCGGGUGGAUGCCGCGCCGAGGCGACAUCGCACUCUCCCAGCGGGUCACGGGAGGCCGGGCCGGGGGGUCUUGGCGCACCACCGGGUGGCCAGCGGCCACAUCGUCCUGCUCGGCCAGGUCCGCCCAACGGAGCACCGGGGCACGGGCGGAAGGCGAGGCGGGGAGGCGGGGGCCAAGGUCGGUGCGGGCGAGACCGGGGUGGCGGCGGAACUGGGCUCCGACGACGGGGGGAUCGGCGGCGAGGGCGCAGGAGGCGAGUCGCCCGGCGAGUCGCGGGAGCUCAUCCUCUCCCUCACGUCUGCCCUUUUGCUAACUAAAUAA